GCAUGUUACAUCAUUAUAUGAGACCAUAAACACUGACAUGGAUCAAUGUUCCGCUAAAACUGGGUUGGUGAUGUUUUCUGUUCACAGUUCCUCGUACAUCUCAACCACAAGGAAACUAUAAAUAUCACUCAUUACUGAGACAGUGCAAAGAAACCAAAAGAAAAUCUACUGUAUUGUGAAACCAGCCCAACUAAAGAGACUAGACAGUGAUUUCCACCAAGAAAUCAUUAAAAUGAUAAUUGGAGAAUAGUUACAAACAAACAAAACAACAACAGCAGAGAAAAAAAUUUGGGGGUAGUAUUUGCAAGCUUUGCCUGGCUUGAUAGAUGACAUUAUGAACGUAUGAUAAAGGUACACAGGAGGUGGCAAACAUGAAACUACGAAACUGAUUAUGACAAAUAUAGAAGAGAUAUAAAGCAAGUAGCACUCAUAAAGAUGUAAAACAGGCAAAUCUACUUGAUUGACCUACCUUUGACAAGCUGCACACUAUGACCGUUAAUAAGGAAGUUAGAGGCGGGACAAAGGUCUCUGUGGGUAUGCAAGGCCAAAAAGGAGAAGCAGCUAUUUACUUAGUCACUUGCUAAUAUGAGAGGGGACCAGAGGUUAUGAAAGGAGGACAUGGUUAAGAAUUAAAAGUCAACACCACUGGAAUACAGUUAAUAUUGGACUACGUCAGCUCGGGCUUGAAGAAAUCCUUUGCCAACCUUAGAUGUUGUUGCUGUCAACACAAGAGAGGCAGUGCUGAAAAUAGAAACGUGAGGUUCAUCUUGGGACAACAAAGGAAUUUAACAGGUUCAUAGUAUGUGUGUAGCUUAAUAAACCUUAACAAUGAUGAAGCCUUUAUCUUUCAAAAUAACCUCAAACCACUUGCUGCUGUGUGUCUUCCUGGGUCGUGUCUGGAGUGUCACUGACUCAAAUACACCAUCAAUACCAAACACAAGGCUGACAUCAACAGUGACACAUACAACAGGAGCAGAAACGAGCACACUGUUAACCACUCCAAUGACAAGCCUUGCCACAACAAGAAAACGUCCUGACAACGUUGAGGAUGUGACGGUGUUGAACCGAACGGAGACUAGUAUAACUCUGACAUGGGACAAAGUUGACAACAUCCUAAUAUAUAUCCUACAAUAUGAUAGCAAUGGUAUGGUAAAUAAAAAUAUCAAUGCAUCUGAUCAAGGGACAUCAGUAGAGUAUGUGGUCUCUUUGCUUACUGCUGGGACAAUAUAUAACUUCACUCUCUUCACUGUGUCUGAGGGACUCAACAGCACUGGAUACACAUUUGAAGCUGUUACUGCUCCUCGUAAUGCAGAUGGGUUUAAAUCAGUUAACCAAAGUGAGAGCAGUAUAACUCUACAGUGGGAAAAAGUGGACAACAUCCUCAACUACACACUUAAGUUCAAUGAAGGAGAGAAAGACGUCACUGCGUCAGAAGGACAAGAACCAGUGAAACACACAAUCUCAGGACUCACAAGUGGGACAGAAUACAACUUCAUUCUCUAUACUGUGUUGAGAGAGAUCAAAAGCUCUGGAGUAAACCUCACUGCAUUCACUGUUCCUGACAGCGUUAAGGAUGUGACGGUGUUGAACCAAACGGAGACUAGUAUAACUCUGAUGUGGGACAAGGUUGACAACAUCACAAGAUAUGUCCUACAAUACGAUAACAAUGGUAGUACAGAAAAGCAAUAUAUUAAUGCAUCUGAUCAAGGGACAUCAGUAGAACAUGUGGUCUCUUCGCUUACUGCUGGGACAAUAUAUCACUUCACUCUCUUCGCUGUGUUUGAGGGACUCAACAGCACUGGAUACACAUUUGAAGCUGUUACUGCUCCUCGUAAUGCAGAUGGGUUUAAAUCAGUUAACCAAAGUGAGAGCAGUAUAACUCUACAGUGGGAAAAAGUGGACAACAUCCUCAACUACACACUUAAAUUCAAUGAAGGAGAGAAAGACGUCACUGCGUCAGAAGGACAAGAACCAGUGAAACACACAAUCUCAGGACUCACAAGUGGGACAGAAUACAACUUCAUUCUCUAUACUGUGUUGAGAGAGAUCAAAAGCUCUGGAGUAAACCUCACUGCAUUCACUGUUCCUGACAGCGUUAAGGAUGUGACGGUGUUGAACCAAACGGAGACUAGUAUAACUCUGAUGUGGGACAAGGUUGACAACAUCACAAGAUAUAUCCUACAAUAUGAUAGCAAUGGUAUGGUAAAUGAAAAUAUCAAUGCAUCUGAUCAAGGGACAUCAGUAGAGUAUGUGGUCUCUUCGCUUACUGCUGGGACAAUAUAUAACUUCACUCUCUUCGCUGUGUUUGAGGGACUCAACAGCACUGGAUACACAUUUGAAGCUGUUACUGCUCCUCGUAAUGCAGAUGGGUUUAAAUCAGUUAACCAAAGUGAGAGCAGUAUAACUCUACAGUGGGAAAAAGUGGACAACAUCCUCAACUACACACUUAAGUUCAAUGAAGGAGAGAAAGACGUCACUGCGUCAGAAGGACAAGAACCAGUGAAACACACAAUCUCAGGACUCACAAGUGGGACAGAAUACAACUUCAUUCUCUAUACUGUGUUGAGAGAGAUCAAAAGCUCUGGAGUAAACCUCACUGCAUUCACUGUUCCUGACAGCGUUAAGGAUGUGACGGUGUUGAACCAAACGGAGACUAGUAUAACUCUGAUGUGGGACAAGGUUGACAACAUCACAAGAUAUAUCCUACAAUAUGAUAGCAAUGGUAUGGUAAAUGAAAAUAUCAAUGCAUCUGAUCAAGGGACAUCAGUAGAGUAUGUGGUCUCUUCGCUUACUGCUGGGACAAUAUAUAACUUCACUCUCUUCGCUGUGUUUGAGGGACUCAACAGCACUGGAUACACAUUUGAAGCUGUUACUGCUCCUCGUAAUGCAGAUGGGUUUAAAUCAGUUAACCAAAGUGAGAGCAGUAUAACACUACAGUGGGAAAAAGUGGACAACAUCCUCAACUACACACUUAAGUUCAAUGAAGGAGAGAAAGACGUCACUGUGUCAGAAGGACAAGAACCAGUGAAACACACAAUCUCAGGACUCACAAGUGGGACAGAAUACAACUUCAUUCUCUAUACUGUGUUGAGAGAGAUCAAAAGCUCUGGAGUAAACCUCACUGCAUUCACUGUUCCUGACAGCAUUAAGAAUGUGACGGUGUUGAACCAAACGGAGACUAGUAUAACUCUGAUGUGGCACAAGGUUAAAAGCAUCUCAAGAUAUUUCCUACAAUACGAUAACAAGGGUAGUACAGAAAAGCAAUAUAUUAAUGCAUCUGAUCAAGGGACAUCAGUAGAACAUGUGGUCUCUUCGCUUAAUGCUGGGAAAAAAUACCAUUUCACUCUUUUCACUGUGAUUGAGGGACUCAACAGCACUGGAUACACAUUUGAAGCUGUUACAGUUCCACCAAUGGUGUCUUCAGUCAAUGUGACUGAACGCUCUGUGACAAGCUUCACCCUGACUUGGGACAAUGGUGAUAAAGACUGGACAUACCUGCUUCAGAUUAAUGGCAGUAACAGCACAAUUACCCCGGAUGCAAAUGCUGUGUCACAUUCAGUCAAAUCUCUCAAGCCUGGGACGGAGUAUCCAUUCAGUGUGAUCACAAUGUUCUCCAAACUCAAGAGCAUUCCUUAUAAAUGCUACACAGUAACAGCCAUUGACUGUACCAGUGUAACCUGGCAUGUUACUAACUCAUCGAUCCAAGGGAUGGUUGAAGGCUUAUUCUCGAAUGCAACUGCCUCUAAUGAACACACUCAUGUCAGUCCUGAAGGUAGCAAUGUUUCAUUUACUGGCCUUUAUCCUGGUGCAACCUAUGAGGUGUUACUCGUGUACAAAAGACAUUCUACAGACUUUGAACAAUGUCGCCACAAACUAACGAUCCUUCCUCCAAGUUUGAGUGCUCGCUGUGACUACUGGGAUGCUGGCUAUUCUAUCAUUAUUGUAUGGAAUAAACCAGAGGGUGUUGUGACUGAAGUGGAGGUGAAUGUGACUGGGCAAUCUCACAAGGCACUUGCAACUGAGGAACACAAGAUCAAAAUAUCUGGAUUCCAACCUGCUAAGAUAUAUGAAGUGUCUUUAAGUUCACUGUCUGGGACUGUAAGGAGUUAUGAACCAUUUGUUUUUUUGUGUUCUACUGAUCCAAGGGGAGUCAUUGCAGGGUCGGUAUUUGCUGUGCUGCUUUUUGUUGUCCUGGUCUGUCUGGCUGUCUUCAUUUUGUUCAAAAGACCAGAUUUAAUCAGAAAAAAAGCAUUCAUUGGUGUAUCCAAAGAAUCGGAUAAAAAGUGCAAAGCAAUUUCUGUAGCAAAGUUUCCAGACCACUUCUGCCAGUUAAGUGUGGAUGACAAUAGAGGUUUCAGCCAAGAAUAUGAGAACCUUGUUCCUGUUGGCACAGACCAGACACGUAAAGCAGCUAUUCUACCUGAGAACAAAGCCAGGAAUCGCUUCAACAACGUCCUGCCAUACGACUGGUGUCGAGUGAAGCUAAGUACAUCAAAUCCCGAUGAGACCUCUGACUACAUUAAUGCCAGUUACAUGCCAGGAUACAACAGAGAGAGAGAAUACAUUGCCACUCAGGGUCCUCUGCCCUCCACAGUUAGUGAUUUCUGGAGGAUGAUUUGGGAACAAAGAGUGAAAGGCAUCGUCAUGGUAACCAACUGCGUUGAAGGAGGGCGGACCAAGUGUGAACGAUACUGGCCGGCAGACAGCAAGCCUUGCCUUUACGGAGAGUUCUUGAUCACCAUGAAAUCUGAGCAACAGGAGCCUAACUGGACAUUGAGGGAAUUCAGUGUGAAACAUACAAACACCUCUGAAGGGCGCACGGUGAAACAUUUCCACUUCACAGCCUGGCCUGACCAUGGAGUCCCACAGGGCACCGAUGUCCUGAUCCAGUUCAGAAGACUGGUGAGAUGGCACAUAGAGAGAGAAGGGAAUGGAGCACCAACAGUGGUUCACUGCAGUGCUGGAGUGGGGAGGACAGGCACUAUCAUUGCCCUGGAUGUGCUGCUUCAGCAGCUAGACAAAAAAAGAACAGUGGGCAUCAAUGCUUUUGUGCACAGGAUGAGACUGUGUCGACCGUUCAUGGUUCAAACAGAGUCACAAUAUGUUUUCCUGCACCAAUGCAUCAUGGACUGUCUGCAGCCAAAUGAGAUGACCGAAGAGAACAUAUAUGAGAAUGAAGACAUGAUAUAUGUCAAUGCCACUGCACUCCGAGAGCUUCGUCAACAGUAGACAAAUGCCUGAAACCAACGUGAUUGUCAAACGUGCAGUCAGUCUUUGUGCAAAAUAUAGUUCUGAAUUCAACAUAUCAUUUUUGUUAUAAACUGUAAAUAUUAAUAUUAAUGACAUGUAUUUACUGAAUAUGCAUAGCACAC